AUGAUCCUAAAUUUGAUCCUUGUGUUUUUUUACAUCACUACUUCAAUAGUCAAUGGUGUUGAAAAUGAAUCAAGAAAACUUGAAGAGGCCGUAGUGUCUACAACAAAUGGUACCGUUGAAAAGUGCACACCAUGUGGUGAUUCCUCUCCGCCACCUCCACCACCGGCGAACCCGCCACCGUCACCACCACCUCCAUCACCAAAGAAACCACCUUCACAAGUAUAUUGUCCCCCACCACCAUCACCAUCCUACAUAUACAUAACCGGACCACCGGGGAACUUGUAUCCAGUCGAUGAGAAUUUCAGCGGAGCAAUUCAUCGCCACCACCGGAGCUUCACGGUCUUAUUGUUGCCAUUUGCGGUUGCUCUUUUGGGAAUAAUUUCUUUUUAG